ACGAAGUUAUAUUUUAGUCUAGCACGGCAUGUGGACUUAUUCGAACGGAUCGAACGAUCGUGUAUAGCAAAGGGUUUAUAAUUCAAAAACAAAACAAACCAGAAAAAAGAUAUAAAACGCAUCGUCUUUGAUUUGUUAAGAUCGCGCAUAAAUAUUUUGUUCAUUCUUAAUUGUUGUUGUUUUUAUUUAUUUUUUUAAAUUUUUAUUUUCUGUUGUGAAGUGUAUUUUUAAAAAGAAUCUAUAUUUAUUUAUACAUUAAAACCAUAGGUUCUGUGUGUGGUUUACAUUAUAAUUAAUUUAACCAAGAAAAAUGUAUUGUGUAUGUUAAGUUGAAAUGUUUGUUUAAAAAAAAAAAAAAACAAAAACAAAACUUAUACACAAAAAUUUAAAAAAAAUAAAAAUACAAAGUUGUCUUGAACGAGUUAUACAAAUUAUAAAACAAAUUUAUUUCCAAGUUGACAGUUUUUACGUUUUGAGCCAAAAUGAAUAUCUCAAGAUAUUUUUGCAUUUGGAUAUUUGCAUUAUUGUCAUUAUUUGCCUUCUUUGUACCAUCGGUUAAAGCCUGCUCUUGUAUGCCUAGCCAUCCCCAGCAACAUUAUUGUAAUGCUGACUAUGUGAUAGUAAUGAGAGUUCUAAGAAAAUCACAUCGACUGGUCAAAGAUCAUUUGGCGUAUAAAAUUGAAAUAAAAAAAUCAUACAAGAUGACAGAUGCAGCUCAAAAUAUUCUAAAACACGGACGUCUAUCAACCGCACUUUCCGAUGCAAUGUGUGGAGUGAAUUUGGAAGAGGGUAAACUUUAUGUUGUUGCAGGAAGGGGCUCUAAAUUGAGUAUGUGUGACUACAUAAAAGAAUACCAAAAAAUGACUAUUAUCGAAAGAAGAGGAUUCUCUGGAUCCUACAGAAAGGGAUGUAAAUGCAAAGUAAGUUUUAUACAAAACUGUCUAUCUUUUUACAAAACUUAUCUUUUACUUUCUUGAUUUUAGAUAAACUUCAAUUUAAGAAAUCGUUUAAUGGAUAAAUCAGAUUCCUGCAGUUGGUCACCAUUUCAAAAAUGUGAAACAGAUUACAGUUUAUGUGUACCACUUGUCAUUCGGACACCAGAAGGACUUAUUUCCAAGUGUCACUGGAGGAGAACCCCACCCUAUAAGGCAUGCCUAGCUGAUCCAUAAAAGUCUUGAUAUACAUAACUUCGACAAAGGAGCUUUAAUUUUAAUUAUAACUUACUUGUAAUAAUUUAUUAUUAUUUUUUUAAAUUAACAAUCAAUUUUAAUUUUUUUAGAUUUUCUCUUAAAUUUGUAAAUAAUUAUUCGAAUUUUAAAUGACAAAACCUAAAAUGGAAUAAAAUUUUCAACUGUGACUUACCAAAUCCCGAGGAUUGGGAAAGAAUGUUUGUUCAAUAAGUGGGAACAUAUCUUUACCCAAACGUCUUUGUAAUUGUAAUAGAUGAGCGAAAACCCAUGGUUUAUCCUAAAAUAAACAAAAAUUAUUAUAAAAAUAAAAUUUCAAGAGAAAAGUAGUUAAGAUUUUACCUGAAAUUGAUAACAUGAAUGUAAAGAAUUAAUGCUAGGAACACCUCCAUAUUUUAAUCCAAGUAUUGUUGAACGGAAAUCACUAGAUCCAUCACGCGGUGGUUGUCGAAUUAGUACAAAAUCAGGUCGAAAUGAACGAGCAACCUAUAUGUAUGUAAAAUGGUUGUAAACAAAACAAAAUAUACUAUAAAUAUUUUCAAGUUAUUUCAGUUUUUAUUAAAUUUAAACUACACACCCACAGUAUAUAGAAUGUUGUGAUUUAUAUAAAGGAAAAAUAAAUAACAAAAUAUAUAAUUAUUUACUAGAUUGUAGGUUUUUAAGAAAUUUUAUACAUUUUAUUCCGGAUGAUUAUAUAAAACAAACUUUAUUUCUAACAAGAUUCUUAACUGUUUUUAAUAAAACAAGAAUAUUAUAGUUUAUUAUUAUUACACAAUAAUGUUAAAUAAAUUUUAUUAAAUGUUAA